CAAGAUCAUGGUCCGCGGCAAAGGCGUAGCCAACAUCAUCUACAGCACCAAGGGCAACCCGGUAGACAUGACCGAUGACGCGGACGUCAAGUUCGCCAAAGAAAACGAGCCUCCCCUGCACAUCCCCAACGGCUCAGUCGUCCGUCUCAUUGACUUUGCCCCCGGCGUCGAAUCGCCCAUGCACCGCGCCGUCUCCCUGGACUAUGGCAUUGUUGUCGAGGGCGAAGUGGAGAUUACCCUGGACAGUGGCGAGUCCAAGAUCAUGAAACCGGGCGAUAUCUCGGUGCAGCGCGCUACGAUGCACAAGUGGCGGAAUGUGUCCGAUACGAAGCCCGCUCGCGUGGUGUUUAUUUUGUUGGACUGCUUGCCAUAUUCGGUAAAUGGGGUGCAGAUGACGGAGGAUUUGGGCGAUUUGGCUGGUGAAUAUGCUAAGAGGGAGGAAUGAGUGCUUUCGUGUAGGACGUGUGAUGCAUUUAUUUAGGUGAUCUUCGAAGAUGUCACACAGUUAGAGAA